GAUCGUUUUGGUACGUGUGGACGGGGCCUAAAAAUCCUUUGGAGGAUAAGAUCUGGCAGUUGUGCCUGCUGCUGCGAGAGAUAGUUAAUAUGGUGACCGCCCCUAAAAUCCAUGCAAACCAGGUAGCAUAUUUAAAAGUUCUCAUUGAGCAGUAGAUUAUGUCUAGAGCUACACUGUUUCCAGCUGUUACUUUGAAGCCAAAGCACCAUUUCUUAAUGCAUUACCCUGAGCUCAUUCUGCAUUUUGGUCCAUUAAUUCGAUUGUGGACUUUGCGUUUUGAAAGUAAACAUACAUACUUUAAACAGUGUGCGAGGAAGCUGCAUAACUUCAAGAACUUAAACAGUACUCUGGCAGAGAGGCACCAGCUUCUACAAGCUUAUCUUCAGGCUGGUUGUCUAUUUUCACCAACUCUACAAAUGCAGCAAGCAGAUGAGUUCGAUAGGCAUUUAUAUAACCAUGGUAUCCAGGAAGCUGUAAUGUUGAGAAACAUCCAUGAGACCACAGUAGUGACAUCUGCUGUUACCUACAAGGGCACCAAGUACCAGAAAAAUAUGGUUGUGGCUAUGGAAGACAGUGAUAUGGGCUAUACCUUUGGGAAAAUUGACGAUUUGAUGUUAAUCUUGUGCCUUUGCAUCACUCUGUCUGUCUCAGGUAAAUGGCGUCUGUGGCGGAGGAGCUUACGAAGGCACUACCUUCACUUUCAGAGAGCGACUUCAACAACUUGUUGACACAUUUAGCAACUUGGGGUUUGAAAGAGCAUUCUGACCUUCAGUUUCUUUCCAUUGAGGAUAUUGAGGGUGUCAUCCCUCCUGUUGCUGUAAGGAGACUAAUGUAUUAUCUCAAAACCACAGGACAAUUGAUUGAUACAGAAGACACCUUGCCAUCUUGCUAGAUCCGCACCUCAGCAGGCUCUUUGCCUCCAAGCCCUUCACUCUCAAGCCCACCGCUUGUCCAAAGGCCUGACUGGAUGUCCUCCUUUGAAAUUCCAUGGCAGAAAAUGCCAGCAAAUUUGCGGCAAUGUGUUGCUCAAGGCCUUAGACCGAGGAAACAAGAACAUCUGAGUAUGGUCAGAAUUAUUGUACAGGCGAUACAAGAGAAAUGCUUGAACCCUACAAGGAACCAGUGUUCUGAAAUAGCCAGACAAGUGAUUGAGAAACACCCAAAGAGCUUUGCUGACGUCACAGCCGAAGGAGAGAUAAUUGGCUGUGGCUAUGGGUCCCUUUUAAAUCAAAUAAAAACUCGGAUUGACCAUGUAAAUCGUGACAACACAUUAGUUCGUGUUAGGAGGCCAAAACAACAUGCUACUUGCGAGACUGCAUCCAGCAAUGAGAGCCCUAUUCCAUCCAAAUGUUCAAAAACUGACAGCUAUGGAUGUGUUAAUUGGCACCCUAUUGACCUCCCUCAAGGAGAAACCCCAGAAUCAGUUGAAGGGAAAAGAAAGCAAAUGGUGGAGCUAUUUUCAGUAGAGGGACCCAGAGCUGCUGAGCGUGCCUGGGUGGAAGAGUACAUGAUAAAAACAUAUGCCUCUCAGCGCUACACUAUUAAUGCCAACCCUCCACCCGGCAUGGAUGAAAUUCAGGAAAAGUGGCCAUUUCUCUUCCUUAAGAGAUUUCUCUGUAAUCAUUUUGCAACAUUGACUGGGAUUGACAUUGAUGCAAGAUUUGUCGGCUGUCUCGGAACCAAAGGGAAGAAGAUUCUUCAUUUCUUCCAGAGUCAGCUUGCAAGGUGGAACAAAGAAGUCAGAAAAGUCUUGCAGGACAUAGAAAAGGCUGGCUGUGACAAAGUCAACCAUGGUGUGGCAUGCACUCUCACCACAAUGGCAUUCUUCAAAGAAGAUGUUGAUGCUCUGUUUCUUCCGGCAGAUGUGACCGCCAACUGCAGCAGACAUAAACAGCAGUCUCUCUGCUCCUAG